GUUCCGUCAUCUCGCUCGUCUCCGAGGCUACAGGGGGCCAAUGUUGAUUUGGGCGAUUUCUCGUCGUUGUCGGACCCCGCCGAGGAUUAAUUUUUAAAAGCUGGGUUCGGUAACGAAAAGUGGCAGGCUAUUGAUUGAGAAUAUUGCACCCAAGCCGUCGGUAUAGCUGUUUUUUGGGUUGGGGGAGAGGUGGGGAGCCGGGGGGCCUCGCUCGGAGGGGGCUGCAAGGAGGGACAGGAGAAGACUGGAUCCUCCGUGUUCAGGCCAACUGCGCCGAGGUCGGCCUGGCGGUCCGGUGAAGCCCCAGCGACCGAGAUACUUCAACGAUAGUUCAGCGUGGAUUUAAAUCAUCGGUCGCCGGUUGUUGAUGACCGUGGAGUGAGUGAGCGUCUCGCCGUGGCACCGCAUCAGCAGCUGUCAGCCUAUUACAAAUCAAGUCCUCGGAGUUAACGCUUGGUAACUGUUACAGCUGGAUUUAGGAAAUACCGUUCAGACCUAAUCGAGCUAAGACCGGCUUGACAAGGCUGUAGGACGGCCAAAAAGCCACGGAUCGCCCGUUGACAAGUUGUCAUCAUGGGCAACGCGCCCACGGCCAGGAAGGGCAGCGAGAUGGAAAGCGUCAAGGAGUUCCUUGCUAAAGCCAAAGAGGACUUUCUCAAGAAGUGGGAGAACCCUGCACAGAACACUGCUUGCCUGGAGCAGUUUGAGAGGUUGAAAACGCUGGGCACGGGCUCGUUUGGCCGUGUGAUGCUGGUGAGGCACAGAGAAACGGGACAGCAUUAUGCCAUGAAGAUCCUCAACAAGCAGAAGGUUGUGAAGCUCAAGCAAAUAGAGCACACUCUGAAUGAGAAGAGGAUUCUUCAGGCUGUCAGCUUUCCUUUUCUGGUGCGGUUAGAGUACUCGUUCAAGGACAACACUAACCUCUACAUGGUGAUGGAAUAUGUACCAGGUGGAGAGAUGUUCUCCCAUCUACGGAGAAUUGGCAGAUUUAGUGAGCCUCACGCUCGAUUCUACGCUGCUCAGAUCGUUCUUACCUUUGAGUAUCUGCACGCUUUGGACCUGAUCUACAGAGACCUGAAACCUGAAAACCUGCUCAUAGACCAACAGGGCUACAUACAGGUGACAGAUUUUGGCUUUGCCAAACGUGUAAAGGGCCGGACCUGGACACUGUGUGGCACCCCAGAAUAUCUGGCCCCAGAGAUUAUUCUUAGCAAGGGUUAUAACAAGGCAGUAGACUGGUGGGCGCUGGGUGUACUCGUCUAUGAGAUGGCAGCAGGGUACCCGCCUUUCUUUGCUGACCAGCCCAUUCAGAUCUAUGAAAAGAUCGUAUCAGGGAAGGUGCGUUUCCCAUCCCACUUCAGUUCUGACCUGAAGGACCUCCUGAGGAACCUGUUACAGGUGGAUCUCACAAAACGUUACGGAAACCUGAAGAACGGGGUCAAUGACAUCAAGGGACACAAGUGGUUUGCAACCACUGACUGGAUUGCCAUCUACCAGAAAAAGGUGGAAGCUCCCUUUGUCCCCAAGUUCAAAGGACCAGGCGACACCAGCAACUUCGACGACUAUGAGGAGGAGGAGAUCCGUGUCUCCUUCACUGAGAAAUGUGCCAAGGAGUUUGCGGAGUUCUAGAGUUAGAGAGCGAGAGAGGAAGGAGGAAGGAAGAAGGGAGAGUCAAAGGUAGGCUGGUCAAGUGGGAGACGUAAGGAGGGAGUACUGUCUCCUGUCCAAUCACAAGCACCAGCUACAAAAAGGUGGGAAAAAUGGGAUAGAGAAGGGAAAAAGAGCAAGGAGACCGAUAACCAGCAGUGUUGCCUUUUCUGUUGCGUUUCUGUUGUAUUUUAUUUAUUGUUCUGUCUUAUUUAUGGAUCCCUUUAUAAUGAAGAUGUGCUUCAGAUUCUUGGGUGUUAUUUAGAGUUGCCUCGACACAUUUUCACCCAAGAUCUUCCCUGCUCUUUUAUUGUUUCACUCAUUGUUUAGUCACUUUUGGGCCACAUCACGGAAAAAUCACUCAAUUGGCUAUUACAUGAAGCCGAUUGAGUCAUACAAGUUGAGGUCUCAGUUUGCAUAAAAGUUUCUUCAAUUUAAUCUGAUAACCGGCCAGCUCGCUCUUUCUCUGGUGAGCAAGAGGAGCAUUGAAGUGAACAUUUACAUGCACUUAAAUAACUUGUGUUUUGCAGUCAGUUUUCUUUAAAUGUGUAAAUCGUUUCAUAUCGUAGACAGCAUACGUCUGGCAUGGUUGGCCAAAAGAUGAAGAUGACGCAUUGUGUGUGCUCAAACAAGUUUCCGUCAAUCAGAUGACACUCAAGAGGGAAGAAGUCAGUUAAGUUUACUGUGUAACUCCAUCUAUACUUCUCAUCAUUGUAAGCAUAGCCAGGCUUUGUGCACUCCAAUUUUUAAAUGUUACUAGAUACUAGUGGCUCCAAUGAUAUCAUGUCAUGCUAACAAACAAGGGAAUCUGGAUAAGGUAACGUAAAUAUCUCAGUUUUAAUGGUGUUGUGAAGGAACACCAUCACAUAAUGGUAUCUCAGGUUCGAACAUAUCACUUAAUAAGACAUCUUAUCAACAUAAAGCAUUAGGAUUAGCAGGUGAAGAGGGUGUGUGAGACACUUGCUUAUGGUAUAGAUUUGGACAUUUAUGGUUCUGGUUAGUGCUAAGGAAGACGAGGGAAUAUUGAGAAUUUUUUUUUUUCCACAGUUCAGGAAGAUUUGUUUUCGUUAACUUGACAACUCUGUUUGGUCUUAAAAGUACUCGCUGUCUCUGCUCAAAACUCACUUACAGGUCAAGUUGAUGCAGCAUUUUGAAUUUGGCCCUUGCCAACUCCAACUAAAGCAGACCAUCUGAGGCAGACUACCUCAAACUGCUUCUGGCUGGUGGUCACCAGAGCACUUUGAUCAGUCAUCAAAGGCGGUCUGGAUAGUGUGCUUUAUGGUCUUUUAUAGAAACCUGUGUUAAUGUUCAUCUCCCUAGCACCCAGCUCUCUUGUCACUUGCAAAAUGGGGCCACACUUCACGUGACUGUCUUACACAUGACAGCAACUCUAUUUCCAUCUUUGUGUUUACAUGCAGUUUUUGUUCAAUUCACUUUUUCAUGUGGUGGUGAUGUUAAGAUGACUGAUUCGAGCUUAGUCCUGAGACAAAAAUGAUGUUGAUGCAUAGUGUACGAGCUGCCUGUUUAAAGUGCUCGACACAGGUGUUCAAUGCCUCCUUAGCUCCUGAGCUAUGAUGGCAAAGUUCCCAAAAAAGGUGGUCAUUGUGGGAUUUGGUCUUUCAUCAUUUAUAAAAAUUUAACAAAGUGACACUAGUGUCUGUUUUAAACAUUCAAAUGCCUUCUUCAUAGCUGUACUUUAGUGUGCAACCAUAACGAAGAUAUACUGUUUUGUUUCCAAACGGCACUCCGGUUUCUCUCUUUUCACUUUAAAAUCCAAAUAUGUUUGAUUCACAUGAGUUUUUCUUGUCCAAAACAGUUCAGAUUUGGGAAAAUAUAACAAUGUUUUUCUCUCAUUUAAACAUAUAGAAUGUGUAAUUUUGUGUUUAUAUUAAAUUAUACGCACACAUUUACACAUAUAUCGGUCAUAUGGAAUGAUAUUAAAAAUGAGCUACCAUCAAGGAAUAUUCAAAGUGGCCUUAAUGAUCUGUUUCAGAUCGUUUUUAGGUCUAUGUUGCCCCUGUGAACCCACCAUUCCUCCAACUCUCUGUGCAUUAUGUACAGUAUCACUAUGCUGGAAUAUUACAUCGCCCCAUGUUAACUGAGUGGUAAUUUGAUUUAAUAACAAAUUAAAGCAACUACAAGGAACUUUUAUUUUGUGUUGAUUUUGGCGGCCACUGUAGACAAAAUGCUUCCUGGGGUGGAGACUGCAUUUCCCAUGAGCACCACCGCUUUGUGUCAUAAUGAUCUUGGUUUGGCUUUUGCAUGUAUUUGUUUUGUAAGCUAGUGAAAGACGGCCGCUUUUCCGUCUCACAAUGUAUUUCAUCAGUAAAAUAGGCAUAUUGCCUCUCUCUGAGGAAGAGGGACAAUUUAGGAUCAGUUUUGAAUCCUUUCAAAGCAGUCCUCUCCAUCUGUUGAAUGACCGACGAGGCUGACUCGCGUUUUCCCUGUGCUCUAUUACUUUAUUACGUUAAGCUUUAGGCUUUUUUUUAGUUCUUGUUGUUGUUGUUCUUCGGUCGAUCCUCUUAUUUUCUUAUCUUUGCUGUUUCUGCCCCAGUUUCAACCAAAACCACAAAGUAUAAUGUCAAAAAUAAAAUUCUCUAAAGAAAAGUCUGCUCCGCCCAGGUUCUUCUGGUCUGCGUACCGUAAACCAUUUUGUCAGAUUCCACGUGUAAUCAGACCCAGGGAAAAAUAUUAAGGGUACCUAUAAAGAAAUAGACAAGCUUCUUCUUGAUGGUAUUAAUUGCUUAUGUAGGUCAAAUAGAGCCGUUGGUAUUAAAUUGAGACCAUUUCAUAGCUCUUUGUAGCUGCUUUAAUUUAGGAAUAUGCACCACUCGAGCACAGCAUUAACUGAAAUGAUGAAAGUCUUAAAGGGUCAGCGAUUCAGUAUUGCACUUCCAUAAACUUGCAGCAGAGGCCUUGAUAUCCUCAUGCCAUUUUCACGUUAUAUGGAAAGAAUGGCAGGGAUGGGAAAAAUGUCAACUUGUGAGCUUUGACGGCAUUGAGACAAAUAUAUGGGGUUCAGGACCCCUCCAAGCCUGGGUGUCAAGAUGAGCUAAAGAUGUAGAAUACACACCAAGGCCCUCGAUAGUAUCAGUUGAUAUUGUGCUUUAGUAUUGCAUAUCACCAAUGUUUAAAUAAAUGAAAAUACCACAAACCGAAUGCCACAGUGAACAUGGGGCUUUUAGGGGUCUGGAGGUCUGGGCAGUUGCCCCUUUUGCCCAAUCGGUUUUCCGGCCAUGGCAGUGUCCAAGUAAAAAAGUAUUUUGACUGAUUGGUUUGCUGUCAAAGAAAUUAUUCACAUACAAGGCAGUCAACUUGUGACCAAUAAGGUCCACUCCUCCCCUACUUUUCAUAUACUUCUUUUUUAUUGAGGUGAAACAGCUGAAAAACAUUUCAUUGGUCAAUCUGAAGUCAAAAUCAUAUUGGCAGAUAAAUGGUGAAAAGAGCUGCAAGAUGGAGACACAUCUACUUGUAGUUAUCAGCUGACGUAUAGGUUAUUCUGGACUAAUUUAAACCUUUUAUUUUUAUUAUUAUUAUUAUUAUUACAUUGUUGUAAACCACUUGUUGAGACUUUCACAUUCGCUGUAUUUCCUCCAUGUCAAGUUUAAUGUUGACUAUAUCAUCAUGGACAAAAUGUUUGAAGUUAUAGGCUAAUACAAAUAUUAUUCCGUGUCUCCUCGAUGUUUUUUGCAGUGAUACAACUUCCUCUCGAUGCAGGCACAAUGCUGGUACAUACUGUCGCACUUUUUAGGGAAAUGAGACCCCAAUGUAAACCAUGUUAACCCCCGCCACACUCACAUACACACACACACACACACACACACACAUACAAACACACACACACACACACACACACUGCAAAGGGAAGCGUCUGAAGUCACAGGAACAGUGACAUAAAAACACGAAGUGUAAUAUUUUGCAACAUGAGUAUCAUUCCAAUAAAGUUUUACUUGUAAAAUUCUACUGAA